UACGCGUUCUUUUUAUGAAAACUUCCCCAGAUUCACAAUAAGCUCGGUCGAGAUGCCCCGCGUGCCGUGUUCCCCCACAACGGACCAAAACAUCGUCCCUUCAACUUGACAACUCAAGGGGAUGAUAUAGACCGGGGGUGGUCCCCGGGCUUUGAUCUGGCUUUUGCCAUCAUCUUCAAUCAUGGGCGAAGCAAUGGAAUACAACAACUUCAAGGGCGUCAAAGUCCCCAUCGUUCCAAUAUCUCCACCUCAGCCUGGUAGCGGAGGUUACACGGAAUUCAACCCGCGCUCCGAAACACUCCCUGCUGGCUGGACAAGCCCCCAUCCCAACUCCAGACCGCUCAAAUCGAGUAUACUCGUGGAACAUGAUGUCGCGAUCACAAUGCGCGACGGCGCGAAGCUCUACGCCGAUGUAUACCGACCACCACCAUCAGCGUCGGGUGCGGACGAGCAAGUCCCAGCGCUGCUGAUGUGGUCGCCGUUUGGGAAGAAGUUCAACGGUAUCAUGUCCCUCGGACUGAUGACGCCUUGGAAUCUCGGCAUCCCAGAUGGUACGCUCUCAGGCCUUGAGAAGUUCGAAGGGCUUGAUCCCGCGGUGUGGGUGGAUCGCGGAUAUGCGAUCGUCAGCAUCGACACGCGCGGGACGGGCGAUAGCGACGGACGCAUGGUGAUCAUGGGAACGCAGGAGGCUGAAGAUGGAUACGACAGUAUCGAGGCGAUUGCGAAACUCCCAUGGUGUACCGGUUCUGUAGGAUUGGCAGGGAACUCACACCUUGCAAUCGCGCAGUGGUUUAUCGCUGCGUUACAGCCACCGUCUCUCAAAGCCAUCGCUCCGUUCGAGGGCUGCGGUGACUUGUAUCGUGAGCAAUUUGCCCGUGGUGGGAUAUACGCGGGCGAUUUGUUCGAUAAGCUUAUCGUGAAGUACAUGCUGAAAGGCAGGCAUGGAAUGGAGAGUUUCCGCGAGAUGUUCAAGCAACAUUCGCUGGCUAACGAGUGGUGGAAUGAUAAGCGUCCCGACAUGCGGAAGAUCAAUGUGCCUACAUACAUUACGGGUACUUGGACGAACACGAUGCAUGGUAUGGGUGCUAUUCGAGCGUGGCUACAGGUUGAUACCAAAAACAAAUGGCUACGAUGGCACCCUUGGCAGGAAUGGUACGACUUAUGGGGAAACCCUCAAGCCGAUGAGGAGUUACAUUCGUUCUUCGACCACUUCCUUCAUGGAAAGAAGAAUGACUGGCUACAAACACCACGCGUCAGAAUGGCACUCCUCCGAUUUGGCAACCAGAUCCCGCAAUCGUACGAAAACAUCGUAGAAGAAGAUUUCCCCAUCCCAAGAACACAAUACAAGAAGCUCUUCCUCCAGUCCGACCACACACUCUCUUUCGACGCGCCAACCACACAAGGACAAACCACCUACAAUUCCGAGCACCCCGAAUCCGCCACCUUCACGCACCGUUUCCCCGAAACAACCCGCCUCGUCGGCCUCCCUAAAGUAGUCCUCUACAUGACCUGCCCCGACCACAACGACCUCGACGUCUACGUGCUCCUCGAAAAGCUCGACAAGCAAGGCCAACCCAUGCUCAACCUCAACAUCCCCUGGAAAAACCUCCCCAUCACCUCCUUCGACGAUAUGAAGCCCGAAGAGAAGACAGAGGUCGUGCUGUACAAAGGCCCCCUAGGUAUCCUCCGAGCGUCCCAUCGCGCGAUCGACGAGUCGCGCUCUAUGCAUCCGCACUGGCCGUUCCAUCCGCAUGAGAAGGAGGAGAAGGUUUCGCCGGGGACGGUCGUGAGGCUGGAUAUUGGGAUCUGGGCGAUGGGGAUUGAGUAUGAGGCGGGAGAGAGUUUGAGGCUGACGGUUUCGGGGAGGAAUUUUGGGGUGAGCAAUUUUGGGAGCGAUGAGCAUUCGCUGAAUAAGGGGAGGCAUAUGGUUCAUUUUGGGGGUGAGAAUCCUAGUCAUUUGGUGCUGCCGUUUGUGUAGAGUUAUGUAGAGAUUUGAAUGAAGUUCAUGUAGUUAUUCUCGGUACUCUAGAAGCGUUCUAAUGCGAAAUACAUG